GGAUCGUGAACUUACUACCCUCCGCACUCGUCCCCGAUCACACCCUGCCCAAUAAUCUCAUUCUUCCUUCCAAGAACACGGCCAUGGCGAUCCUCCCCACGUUCUAUGCAUGGUCCAGAGAACACAUCCAGCGUGUUUUCGAGGCCAAGACAUCAGCAGAUUGCCUUCGAGCUCUCGACGACACGUUUGCGCAGAACAUCGAGCUGACGCUCAACGGCUCCCCAAUACCACGCACGUAUCUCCAAUCCGCCAUCAUGGGAAUGGUGGAGAGUUCUGGAUUUCGUCUGUCGGUGGAGUGGUUAAACGCGGUCGAAGCGCCACGCGACGAGUCCUACAGAAGUGGCGCACUGGGAGGAUACUACGUCAUUCGCAAUCUCCGCAGACAGUCGCCCGACUCAACGACACACAUGCUAUAUGAACGACACAAGUCUAUCAAUGUCAUCAUCGAGUCCGAGUCGUCAGAUCCCUACGUCGACAGUCGGCGCAUCGUAAAAUUGGCUCUUGUAGCCACGGACAAGCCUAUGCACACAUAGUUAGACAUAGAAGCCAUCGCUGCUAGGGCGUCAGGCCGUAACUUAUUCCACGCACAUCCUAAACACUGUAUAAUCAGCUGUAGUUGUACUUUUCGCCUUUACCAUGUACCGUCACCUACGUCGUCAGGUUAUUACUCACGGACGAGUCUGAGGCUUCCCUGUAGGCUCGUUCCGUAACACUCGAUUUUACGGUAAAUCAUUCGCCCAAUCAAUUCCCGGGCAUUGGCGACGCGGGCUUCGUU